UCCUCCGCUUCUCCACCCCCCAACCCUCUCUAAUCGAAAUUCGAAACCCUAACCAUAAUCCAAACUCUUGACCCCAAUUCUUUCUUUCCGUCAAAAUUAUAAAAAUCAAAACUUUAGGAAAAAAAAAGCCAGUGUAAAAAAUCCCUACCUCUCCUUUGCCAGGAUUCCCUGAACACUUUCUCCGGUCUCAAAUCCAGAGUUUUGAGAUAAAAAUUUGUUUUUUCUUUUGCUUUCCCCGAUCUAUAAGAAUGCACGUCGUCUGCUCUCAAACCGUAGACAUGGCCAUCCCCUUCCCCCACCUCCUUUACUCCGAGAUGCCCCCUAUUCCGGCGCCCCUCGCCCCGCCGGCGGCUACGCCGCCGGCCGCGGUGGUGGAGACGGCGGCCGCCCCGUCGCAGGAUGACCUGAAGCGCAUCGCCGCCCACCGCGCCGUGGAGCUGGUGCAGUCCGGCAUGGUCCUCGGCCUCGGCACCGGCUCCACCGCCGCCCACGCCCUGGACCGCAUCGGCGAGCUCAUCCGCCGUGGCACCCUCCGCGACGUCGUCGGCAUCCCCACCUCCAAGAAGACCGAGGCCCACGCUACCGCCGUCGGCAUCCCCCUCUCGGACCUUCAUGCCCACCCCGUCGUCGACCUCUCCAUCGACGGCGCCGACGAGGUCGACCCGUCGUUCAACCUCGUCAAGGGCCGCGGCGGCUCCCUCCUUCGCGAGAAGAUGAUCGAGGGCGCCAGCCGCCGCUUCGUCGUCAUCGUCGACGAGACCAAGAUGGUCCCCCGCCUCGGCGGCAGCGGUCUCGCCGUCCCCGUCGAGGUCAUCCCCUUCUGCUGGGGCCACACCCUGGGCCGCCUUCGGAGCCUCUUCGAUGGCGAGCCCGGCUUCGAUGCCAAGCUCCGACGGGCCGCCACCGCCGGCGAUGGUGGGAACGACGAGCCCUUUGUGACGGACAAUGGAAAUUACAUUGUGAAUUUAUACUUCGAGAAUGGGAUCCAUGGCGAUCUAGAUCUGAUCAGCGAUAAGAUACUGAGGAUCACAGGGGUGGUCGAGCACGGGAUGUUCCUCGGAAUGGCGUCGUCGGUGGUCAUCGCGGGCAAGGACGGGGUGACGGUGAAGGACGGGGUGACGGUGGUCGACAAGCGGGAGGUGAGGUGAGGUGAGGCAGUUUGAUUACAAGAAGAAAAAAGACGACUUUUAGUCGACUAGAUUGGUAGAUAAUAUAUUGGCCUUCAACAGAAAAUUAUGGUAGUUUCUCUUUUGAAUUGUUUGAAGAAUUUGGGGAUUUCAUUCUGGGGGGAAGGAGAUCCUAUUGUUGUAGGGAGGGAACAAGGUGAAAGCUUCAUGGGAUUUUCCAUGAAUUUUUGUUGGGAAUCUAAUAUACUGGCGAUAUAGUGAAAUUUGAUGUGGUUCCUUGUUCAUCCAAUGCCGUAUAAUGUCUAACCAAAAAAAAUUUGGUUUUUAUCAUAAUUUUGAUGGUUAAAAAGUCAUAUGCUAUGCCUAUGAAGAGCU